CCCAUAUCACUUCUUUGUAACUCUUUUCUAAAAAUGUUUGACUCAAUUAACAAACCCAAAUUUCCCCCCGCACAUAUAUAGGGUAUCUAAGUAAGGUGUAUUUUCCGUACACAUGCGGCGAGUUGAACGCUUGAACCCAACCUGAACCACCAUUGGAGGUACAUUGAAAAGCGAUCAAGACCGUCGAUGGAAGGCGGAAACGGCGUUGGUGGAAGUGGAGGAGGAUGCAGAGAAGGAGAUUGGGAGUGCAAUGGAUGUGGGAACAGAAACUACGCCUUCAGAAGCUUCUGCAACCGAUGCAAGCAGCCUCGUCUCUUGGUAGACAAUAAAACUCCUCCCGAUUCUAAGUGGCUCCCUCGGAUUGGAGACUGGAUCUGUACAGGUUGCACUAACAACAACUAUGCAUCAAGAGAGAAUUGCAAAAAAUGUGGACAACCAAAGGCGGUGGCCUCAAUGCCAGCAAUGUCAAUCCAUGGUUCAACUCUCACUACUCAUCCAAAUUAUUUUUCUGGGGUACAAGGGGGUUUGCUACAAAGUAGCAUUGGCUUCAUGGGUAAUGGAGCAGUCCAACAUGCUCCGCCUUUGACCUCCCACUGGUCAUCUUUAGCACCUGGUGAUCAUUACGGGGUGCAGUCAGCUUCUGGAUGGACUUUGGCCGGGAACAACUCUUCAGGAGUUCCUUACACAGCACCAAACGGGUGGCGUCAUGGUGACUGGAUUUGCAAAUGUGGGUUCCACAAUUAUUCUUCUCGUGCACAGUGUAAAAGGUGUGAUGCUUCUCUGCCAUCAUCUUCAUCCUCGUCUUUUGGCGGCCAGGCAGUUACAGCUCUGGGGACAAAACGUUUGGCAUCGGAGGAACUGGUUCGUGACUGGGAAAGCAAGAGGCUAAAUGCAGGACAUACACCUGGGAUGCAGCCAUCAUAUCAAGGAGUUCAGUCUGUAGGGAGUGGUGGUGGAAUGUACUCCUUGCAUAACAACAACAUACAGUUACUGCCUGCAGCACCCACACUCCUCGGGAAGGGGGCUAAACAAUGGCGUGAUGGGGACUGGAUGUGCACAAAUUGCAACAAUCAUAACUAUGCAUCUCGGUCACAGUGUAAUAGGUGCCGAACACAAAGAGACGUGAUUGCCCAAUCAGUCAGUGUUGCAUAGUUCUCAGUUACACUUCAUUAUCUUGCAGCUUCAUGGCGGUAUAUUCUUUGAGUACUCUUGCCCCUCCCUUUUUGCAUGGUGCUGGGAAUGUUGUAUGCAUUUCGGGUAGGACUUGAAAGGUUUUUUUCGUUCAACAAUGUUGAUGAUGACUGAUGAGAGAGUGGAGUAUAUUGUGAGAAAUAUGAGAGGAAAGUGCGACUAUAUAUGUUAUUGACACAACUUAAUGGAGACUUGACUAUAACAACUAUCUCAAUGCAUUGUUGUCUCGUG